ACAGUGUAUCUUCAGAGCAAACUCAACUUCAGUACAGACUCAAGUCUGGCUCAGGUUUAGUCCUCAUGAGGUUAAAGAUCUACCUACAAGGAUAAACUCUGUGCGCAUAGGAAAUGAUUACUUGCCUCCUAUUUCUGUAACGCAAAGCUCUUUAACUGACUUAGCACUGUUGUGCGAUUGUGUCGGACUGAAAUAGCGAACAACAAGACAGUGUGUGUGCACGCAAACAAAAAUGCAGCCUUAGAGCCUACAUUUUCUUUCCGAAAAUCACCGGGUUGCUGUAGUCUGUGCAGGACUUACCAAAGAUAAACACAGAGCAAGACUUCAAACAGACUCUCAAAAUGCUGGUAACAAUGCUAACAGCCAUGUAUAUGAUGGUGAGAGUAGCAGAACAGCUGGGUGUUCGGUGGAUCUGUCAGCAGGAACCUCUGCCCUACAUGGUUUCUCAGCCUCUGCCGUGGCAGAUCCAUUACGUCUCCCAAAGCAGAAGAGGAAGCCGGACAGAGGAGUACGAGGGCCGGAGAAGAAACAGCAUGGGAGUUUACAGAAAGAACUCUUCAUCCAGUAAUGGAUACACGGCUUCUUCAAAGACUUCAGCUGAUGAAGCAGCAGCUACCAUUCAGCAUCAGUACAGGAAGUAUCAGCAGAAGAAGCACAAAGACCACAAAUGAAAGGUCAACCAGACUAAAUGUGUCCCUUGCGCUGAUCAAGAACCAGCCGCAUCUAAAGGUGUACUUCCUUCCCACACAGUAUGCAAAAAACUGUGUAUCGAAUGAGUAUUUAGUAGUCAUGGUAGAGUAGGUAAACAAUACCUUGAGAUUCAAAAGUAAACAAUAGACUGCUACCCCAGAAGUCUUUGGGAAUUAAGAUGCAAAGUUUGCAGACAAGUAUUAGCCAGGUGUCUCUUUGUUUGAGGGCUAUACUCUUAAUACUAAAUGUAUAUAUUGUACUACAGAAAUUGUAAUUAUUUUGUGGUAUUUAUUGUAAUAUAGGUCAAAAACAUCAAAGGUGCAAACAUGGUGGAUGUUGUAUGUCCGUGAAUGUAUGUACCAUUAUAAUACACACAAGCACACGUUAAGACAAUUAUAAAUUUGUCAUUGGCAAUCACUUUUCAAGUAACUAAUUCAAGUAACCUCUCUGAGCCCUAUGACUUCAAAAUUUGGGAACGUGCAAAACUUGGUUAUCUAUCAGAGCUAAAGGACGACUUCUGUGAACAAUGUCAAGCAUUCUGAUGCACAGAUUGCCGUCACUUGCGUGAACACACAUUCACACGAUGAUAAAUAUGUCUAAGCAUGAGCACAAGCCACAUACUCUCAUAGAUUAGAAGAUCUUGAAAUGAAAGAUGUUAUGCACACAAUGAACAAACAUACAAACACACACACACAUACUGUACACAAAAGUACUGUAUUUAGGGCAUCGGAGGUAAUCACACACACACUUGUUUACUUUGCUAUGGAAAUGAAGAAAUAUCAUACACAUGUUGUUUUUAUAAAAGAUCAGAAAUAGCACCAGGCCCAGACAAUGUCUCACCCUCCUGCCUGAAAGUCUGUGCGGAGCAGCUGUCGCCCAUCUUCACUAAUAUUUUUAACAGAUCUUUGGAGCAGUGUGAAGUCCCUUCAUGCUUCAAACGCUCCACCAUCAUCCCUGUACAGAAGAAACCCAAAAUAUCUGGACUUAAUGACUACAGGCCUGUUGCUUUAACAUCUGUGGUCAUGAAGUCAUUUGAGAGACUUGUACUGGCCCACCUGAAGGACAUCACCAGACCACUUCUUGAUCCCCUCCAGUUUGCUUACCGAGCAAACAGGUCUGUGGACGAUGCAGUAAACAUGGGACUGCAUUACAUCCUACAACACCUAGACAGACCAGGGACUUACGUCAGGAUCCUGUUUGUAGACUUCAGCUCGGCCUUCAACACCAUAAUCCCAGACCUCCUCCUGCCCAAGCUUACCCAGCUCUCUGUGCCAACCUCUACCUGUCAGUGGAUUAUUAACUUCCUGUCGAACAGGCAGCAGCUAGUGAGGUUGGGAAAAUUUAAAUCCAGCACAUGUACCAUCAGCACCGGAGCUCCUCAAGGAUGUGUUCUUUCUCCACUGCUAUAUUCACUCUACACAAACGAAUGCACCUCUACAGACCCUUCUGUCAAACUCCUGAAGUUUGCAGAUGACACCACAGUCAUUGGCCUUAUUCAAGACGGUGAUGAAUCUGCCUACAGAAAGGAGGUUGCUCAGCUGGCUGCCUGGUGUAGUCAAAACAACCUAGAGCUGAAUGCAUUCAAGACAGUGGAGAUGAUAGUGGAUUUCAGAAGGAACCCUCCAUCACUUCCUCCCCUCACCAUCCUGGACAGCACUGUGGAUACUGUGGAGUCAUUCAGGUUCCUGGGCUCCACCAUCUCUCAGGACCUGAAGUGGGAGUCCCACAUAGACUCCAUUGUAAAGAAGGCCCAGCAGAGGUUAUACUUCCUCCGUCAAUUGAGGAAGUUCAACCUACCACAGGAGCUACUGACCCAGUUCUACUCAGUGGUCAUCGAAUCUGUUCUGUGCACUUCAAUUACUGUUUGGUAUGGCUCGGCCACCAAAUCAGACCUACGAAGACUACAACGGACAGUUCGUAGUGCUGAGAAAAUUAUUGGUGCUCCUCUGCCCACACUUCAGGACCUGUACGAUUCCAGAGUGAAAAACAGGGCAAGAAAAAUCAUCAUUGACUCCACACACCCAGCACACAAACUCUUUGAUCUGCUGCCCUCUGGCCGGCGCUUUAGAGCACCAAACACCAGGACUUCCAGACACAGAAGCAGCUUCUUCCCCCAGGCAAUCUCCCUCCUAAACAGAUAACUGCUCCUUAAGAGCAAUAUUCCACUUCCACUACUCCUAUAGUGUGCACUAUAGUGCCUUAUUAUAUCUACAUCUUAUGUAUACAUGUAUAUAACACUAC